CCGAGCUCCGAGUUACGAGUUCGGAUAUUGCUAAGCAACGACAUCUUUCCAUUUCUGUCGCCUCACGGUCUAACCUAGCCCUCUCUAGCUCCUCACUCCCGACAUGAAGCAAUGGACGCAACGGCGGUUGCUGCUUCAAGUUUCAAGGGCUUGCAACUGUAGGCCGGGGGACCGAUCGAAAAGUGGCGGAGGUUGAAAUGUACGAUUGAGGAUUCCAUGUGGCCCUAUGUAGGGUUGCUUCUGCCGCCAUAUCGACAGAUCUAUUCUACUUAAGGGUAGCUCCCGGUUAACAAGUUGGUGUGCUACUCUGUCGGUUUCGACUCCCUCCACUAUGGUGUCUCACACACUUUUAUUUUUACUGGCAUCUUCAGUCUAUCUUGGAGUAUUGGGUCAAGAGCCUGAAACUCAGGCAAUCGAUUCGAACUUAGGGAGUGCUUGCUGCGAUGCUCUCCGCGCUGCGCUGCCAUCCUUGGUCUUUGCACGCGGUACUCCCGAAUAUAUAACACGUCACCAGACGUAUUACUCCCUCCAGCAACAGGAACUGUUUCCGAAUUGCACAGUCAAGCCGAACUCUGCUCAGGACGUUUCCCUUGUGCUAAAGAUUGCGAAAACCCAUCAAUGUGUAUUUGCGGUCGCGUCCGGUGGACAUAUGUCGUGGAAAGGGUCCUCCAACAUCGACGGUGGAUUUGUUAUUGAUAUGAGGGCUUUGAACCAGAUUGACAUCUCUGUCAAGGACCAGACGGUCAAGUUGGGACCCGGAUCACAGUGGACAACUGUCUACGCUGCCAUGGCCCCAUUCAAUGUAACUACCACUGGUGCCAGAAUCAACUCCGUGGGUGUCGGUGGCUUCCUUUUGGGAGGUGGUAUAGCAUUCGCAUCUGUUACCAAAGGUUUUGCCGCAGACAACGUCUUCAACUACGAAAUCGUCCUCGCGGACGGAUCCAUAACCACCGCGAGCAAGACCAAGAAUGCGGAUUUAUUCUGGGCACUGAAACUCGGCAGCACGAACUAUGGUAUCGUCACGCGGUACGACAUGACCACUUCCCCAUCGGCUGUGAUAUGGGGUGCUGUUAGCGCAUACCCCAUCACCAACCAAAGCGUAUCGGAACUUCUUUCGGAUUUCCAGACAUACGGACACGAUACCAAGAAUACUAAAAACUUCAAAUCAGUCGCUUUUGCUCAAAGCGGCGGUGUAGGUUCUCUCUCGACGGUUCAGGCCAAUCUCGAUGGGAUACCUCAGCCUCCUGGCACGUCUGUCGCACCCUCUGUUCAUGCGGAGCUCGUGGGCACUACUCAUGACGUCAUAGACCAAGUUAUCGCAGGUGCACUCGCAGCCACGGCCCGGGCACAUUGGUUUACUUUCACGACCAAGAUCGAUCAACAGUUCUUCAAAGAUCUGUAUGCGAAAGGCGAUCAAAUCUUCAAGCCAUUGAACAACCGGGACGGACUUAGUUGGUUCAUGAGCUUCCAAUCCCUCCAGAAGAGUUACAUCGCAAAAACAGCUGGCACCCCGAUCUUCAACACAUUGAAUCAGUCGAACGAUGAUCUUGUCAUUAACCUUAUUCUUGUCACUUGGACGGAUCCUGCUGAUGAAUCCGUCAUGAGGAAAGCAACCGACUCCCUCGGCAAGUGGGGUGAAACCGAAGCUCGAAAGCGUGGCCUAUUGAACGACUUCGUAUAUUUGAAUUACGCCAAUGAGGAGCAGCUCAUAUACACUCGUUCGGUCACAAAAGACGAUCUGGAUAAGAUGCGCACGGUGCAAAAGAAGUAUGAUCCGUCAGGAAUGCUCAACAAGCUGUGGAGGGGUGGCUAUAAGUUACCGAAAGCAGGCUAUAACGGUUUUGAGACGAGCGCAGCAGUCCAGGAAGAACAAGAUGGCUUAAUUACCGCCGGACAGAGUGACGAGUUAUGAAUGGGAUGAAUGGUGAUGCAACAUUUUGGAUUUUUACUGUUUGGUAUCUCGGAAAGUUGGAACAAAACAAUUAGGGGGGCCUCGGGUGCUAUUGACACACCAGUAAUAUAACGGUAUUCUUAUUCUUAUUACAAUAUUCAUGAUGAGGUACUCCCAAACUCUUCUAUGCUCGGUCAGCCGUCCUCC